GUAGAGACAGCCGAGCCCAGUUUAGUGUUGCACACGGUUGUUUUGUUUGUGUUCCGAGAAGCUGAGAAGCUAACCUGGCUAAACAACAUCUUUCAAAACUAAAUAAUUAAAUACAAAUAGAAAUAAUGAAGCCCGCUGUGGACGAGAUGUUUCCCGAAGGAGCCGGACCGUACGUGGACCUGGACGAGGCAGGAGGCAGCAGCGGCCUGCUAAUGGACCUGGCAGCCAAUGAAAAGGCAGUGCACUCAGAUUUCUUUAACGACUUUGAGGAUCUGUUCGACGACGACGACCUGCAGUGACGACAGCAUCUGAACCCCGGUGUGUUUCUGUGAACGUGUACAGAAGAAAAUGAAAACGGGCAUAUUCUGACCACAGGUUCUCUUAUUUGUACAGCCCCUCCCCCCUUCUACAUGUCACUCACCACUAUACUGAAAUAAAGUCUUUUUGUUUUUACAAAAAAAGAAAAAGAAAAGCU